AGACAAGAGUAAAGAGGCGUGUGAUGGUUCUGCCUUAGUACUUGUACAGGCAGGAGUGUUUCCAGUACUUCUUUGUACAACUCACUGAGGGAAUGGGAAACUGGUUUAUAGCUCUGGAAACAUAAGCACAGUAAGAAUGUCUGAGGCUAUCCGAUGCACUCUCGUGAACUGUAGUUGUCAGUGUUUCAAACCUGGGAAAAUAAAUCAGCGACAAUGUGACCAGUGCCGGCAUGGAUGGGUAGCACAUGCCCUGAGCAAAUUAAGGAUUCCCAACCUCUACCCAUCAAGCCAGGUAGAAAUAGUUCAAUCCAAUGUUGUCUUUGAUAUCAGUAGCCUCAUGUUGUAUGGAACCCAAGCCAUUCCCGUGCGCCUUAAAAUUCUGCUAGAUCGACUUUUCAGUGUUCUGAAGCAGGAAGAGGUGGUACAGAUUCUCCAUGCUCUGGACUGGACACUACAGGAUUAUAUACGUGGAUAUGUGCUACAGGAUGCUUCAGGAAAGGUGCUGGAUCACUGGAGCAUCAUGACCACUGAAGAAGAACUGGCUACUUUGCAGCAGUUUCUUCGUUUUGGAGAAACUAAGUCCAUUGUAGAGCUAAUGGCAAUUCAAGAGAAAGAGGGGCAAUCGAUUAUAAUACCACCACCAACUGCCAAUUUGGAUAUUAGGGCAUUCAUUGAGAGCUGCAAUCAACACAGUCCUAAUUUUUCAGCUUCCUUGGACAAAAUGAGUCCCACCAACAUUCAUCCCUUUGAGAAUAUUGUAAAUAACAUGGCUUUCAUGCUGCCGUUCCAGUUUUUCAGUCCAGUGCCUCCACCUUUGAUAGGUUCAACACCAGAAAGACAUUUGAUUGAGCAAAGUCAAGACUAUAGCAAUGAAACUAAACAGGGCGUUCCGAUACCAUUUUCUGAAAGCAGCUUCUUAACUUCUAGUUCUGCACCAUUUCAAGUUGAGCAUGAGAGGAGCAUAAAUGGUCUAGAUGUCACCACUAAAACAGAAGAUGAUGCCCUUUUAAGUGACUCCAGUUCACAUAAUACAGCAGCAAAGCUUGAAAUGACAGCACUGUCUCCAGAAAACAAAAUUAAAUCUGUUGAAAAAAAUGGCACUGGGCCAAGGAAAGGGCGUGUUUUCUGCACAGCAUGUGAAAAGACAUUUUAUGACAAAGGUACUUUGAAAAUACAUUACAAUGCUGUUCAUCUGAAGAUAAAGCACAAAUGCACAAUUGAGGGCUGCAAUAUGGUGUUUAGCUCUUUGCGUAGCCGGAAUCGUCAUAGUGCAAAUCCCAACCCCAGACUCCAUAUGCCCAUGAAUAGAAAUAACAGGGAUAAAGAUCUAAGAAGUGGUCUGACCAUUGCUGGACCUGGAGACAGUAAAAGGACAGAAUUUACAAUUUUGGCUCCGGAUAGCAGAAGUAUCACCAGCUAUGCCAGCUCCUGUACAGAUUCCAAAGGUCAGGCUGGAUUCCCCAGUAUUGGACAGAACGGUGUCCUCUUUCCAAACCUGAAGACGGUUCAGCCUGUGCUUCCUUUUUAUCGUAGUCCAGUCACACCAGCUGAGCUUGCCAAUACUCCAGGUACUCUUCCUUCUCUGCCUCUUGUUUCUUCCUCAAUACCAGAGCAGCUUAUUUCAAAUGAAUUGCCGUUUGACAUGCUACCCAAGAAGAAAUCUCGUAAAUCAAGCAUGCCCAUUAAGAUAGAGAAAGAAGCUGUUGAGGCACCUAAUGAAAGUAGUGAUGUUGCCAGUUCUGAAGAUGAUACACGUCUGCAAGUGGUAAGCGAUGGAGAGCUUGAGACCUGUGAGCAUAAGGUAGAGAAGCGGUUGAUCGACAGGGUGGAAAAGCACCCCCAUUCAGGUAAUUCGUGGAAAUCUGUCUCUGGGGUAGAGGGCCCAAAGUAUUUUGAAUCUGUCGUUGCGCCAAAUAACAAAUACAUCAAGGAUAUCUCUGAGAAUGAAUUGCAUCACUGUGAGAAAGAGGUUAAACCAGAAGAAAACCAACCAUUAAAAAUAGUUUCCCAUGAGAUUAUGUAUGAAGAUCAAAAACACCACCACAAUGAUGUUAUAAAACCAAUGACUGAAGCCCCCAUGUAUAUUAAAGAGCAGUCAAAGCACAGGAUUCCUAAAAAUGACUGCCCUGAAUUGCAACACCACUUGCUGACUGGGGGCUUUUUCAGCACUUUGUCAAACAGGGGUGCUGCCAUUCCUUGUUUUGAAGACUCUAAAGAUAUGGAUCAUGUCAGUCAACAUGCACUAGGGAUUCAGAAGGAAGAAAGCCGCUUUCAUUGUGACAUCUGUAAGAAGACUUUUAAAAACCCUUACAGUGUAAAAAUGCAUUUUAAAAAUGUACAUCUCAAAGAAAUGCAUAUUUGCACAGUUGAGGGCUGUAAUGCUGCUUUCCCUUCUCGUAGAAGUCGAGACAGACAUAGUUCAAACCUAAAUCUUCAUCAUAAGCUUCUGACUAAAGAUACACUGGAAUUCAACAACCAUUUCAAUGCAACAUACCUCUUGAAAGACAUGGCUAAGGAGUUUUGUCAAGAUGUCUCUUUAAAACAACAUGUCGAACAUACUUCUGUAAUCUUCAAAGGAAUGAACAGAACAGGCAGCUUGGUUUUUCCAGUGAGCAAAAUUAGAGAACCCUGUUCUGAGAGUUACGGAUACGAUCCGUUGAAUGAUGGAGCCGUUCUGGAUCUAAGCACUACUUCCAGCAUUAAGUCUGAGAGCAGUGCUCAUUCUUCUUGGGAUUCUGAUGGAGGAAGUGAAAUAUGCACCAUGCCCUUGGAUGAUAGUGAUGAAAGCUGUGAAGGACCCAGCCUAAUGCCUAAUGAUGAACUCUACCAAGACUGUACUUUAAUUGAGAAAGCUAAUCAAAACUUUGCAAAUUUGCCUUCCAGUUUGCCAAUAACUUGUCACAUAUGUCAAAAAACUUACAGUAAUAAAGGAACUUUCAGGGCUCAUUACAAAACUGUGCAUCUCCGCCAGCUCCACAAAUGCAAAGUCCCAGGUUGCAACACAAUGUUUUCAUCUGUUCGCAGUCGGAACAGGCACAGUCAAAACCCUAAUCUGCACAAAAGUCUGGCUGGGUCACCUACUAGCCUACAGUAA